CCGAAGUACACGGAAAUUAAAUGUGGUCGCUCGAGUAUGCGUAGGCCUGCGCGUUCCUUAUUUCGUUUCAGUCCCCUAAAAGGGAAGUUUUAGCAUGCCAGAAGAAAUAAAAACACGUCCGAGGGUCGACUGAGUGACUUGGGAUAUUGUGGAGCUCAGGUUCUUCCGCAGAAAUUCGGUACACGAUGUCUGCUUCACGCGGUCGGGAAGGCAACAGCGGCGGGCCGUCUCUGGACUACACGAUCUCGUUGCCCGAGGACGAGUAUGGUACGUACCCGGAAGUCGGUUGCGACUCCGUACGCCAGAAACUUACCCCCUUGGACGAGAUCCUUAAGACAAUACCCCUGGAGGAGUUCCUGAUCAAGGACAAGGCAAACGCCCGGGAGCAGGAGAAGGGCCUGUUGUGGUUCCACGGCAAGAUCACGCGUGACACGGCCGUGCACAUCCUCCAGGAGAACGGCAACACGGAGGGGCUGUUUUUGGUCCGGGAAAGCACCAGUUCGCCCGGUGACUUUGUCGUGUCGCUUGUUCACGACGGACAGCCCCAGCACUUUCAGAUACACUGCCUGGGGGAUUUCUACUACCAGGUAGACAAUGGCCCCCUUUUUCAGGGACUCGAUGCACUCAUCAACUUUUAUGUAGAAGGAGCCAAUGGCUUGUCAACGAGACUUGUCGAUUUUUGCAAGGGGGAGGCACCACCAGCCACAGCCCGACGGAGGGGCAGAACCACACCUUUACACAGGGCUGUGUUGGACGGCAACCUGACCCUCAUCCUCAAGAUCCUGCAGAGCUCUUACUGCUGCCCCUUGGAUGCCCGCAACAUGGCCGGCCAGACGGUGCUCCACGAUGCUGCCAUGCUGGGGGACGCCAAGGUGGUGGAGAAGCUGCUGGAGAGUGGGGCCAGCGUCAACUGUAAGGACAGCAACUGUGUCUCGCCGCUCCACACGGCCUGCAUCCACGACCUGCACCAUAUCUGCAGGCUGCUUCUCCAGCGGGGCGCCGACCCCACCCUCCGCCAUCCCAUGACGGGCUGGGUGCCGCUGCAUGAGGCGGCCAUGCGCGGUCACACCAAGUGCGUGGAGGAGCUGCUGCGCUUUGGGGCGCCUUGCCACCCCCGGAGCGUGGACAACGACACGCCCCUGGACCUGGCCCGGCGCUACGAGCACGAGGUUACCAUCCGAGCACUGAAGAACUACCAGCCCCUGAUGCCCAAGACCGUGAGGGGUCACUGGGACCAUGGGCUGCUGGACCGGAACAAGGCCAUGGAGGUGAUCCAGAGGCAAGGGGCCAAGGACGGCCAUUUCCUGAUCCGGAGCAGCUCCCACAAAGUGGGCGUCUACGUGCUGUCUAUGGCGGCCAACGGCAGCAUCUACAACUUUGAAAUCAACAAGAAGGGAGAGAGUUUCUUCAUCGACGACGGCCCCUACUUUGGCACCAUCGAACAACUGGUGGAUCACUACAUGCACUACGACGACGGCCUGCCCAUGCGGCUCCUGCACCCCAUCAACCAGCAGGGCCUGCCCCCCAACCAGUACCCCGGCGCCGGAGGAACUGGGCAGGACCCCCACCACGCCUCUCACCAGAACCCCCCUAGGGGAGCUGUCUGGAAUGGAGAGCGGCCCCCGACGCUGGGGCCCAGGCCCCCUGAUCUAGCCCGGGAGCCUCCUCUGCCGGCCAGUGGACCAGCUUCCAGUCCUUCCAUCAGAGGCACCAGGAAGGGACCGUUUCCAGAUCAGCAAGGGAGCCCUCCGUCUGUCAGGCCCAGCGGUUUCUCCCGUCUCUUCUCCAAGACCAAAAAGCGAGCCACGCAAAAGUUGCUGCAGCAGCAACAACAGCAGCAGCAGGCAAAAGCCGCGGCCAGUGGCGAAACCGACAUGGUGUACAUCAAUGCAAAGGACAUUACCAAAGGCAAAGAGAUUGGCCAGGGAGAGUACGGCUCAGUCCUGCAGGGCAAGUGGCGGCACCAUGAUGUGGCCCUCAAGACGCUGCACCAGGAUCACCUGCAGGCCGGCCGGCGGGAGUUCAUCCGAGAGGCGCGGGUCAUGCAUGGCCUGGACCACCCCUGCAUCGUCAAGCUGCACGGCGUGGUUCAGGGCCCGCCCAUGAUGCUGGUGCAAGAGUUGGUGCCCAUGGGCUCUCUGCUGGACCUCCUGAUAGACCACCCUGAGUAUGUGUCUGAAGAGAACAACAGGCUGUGGGCAGCCCAGAUCGCCUGCGGAAUGAUGUACUUGGAGACCAAGAAGUUUGUCCACCGAGAUCUGGCCGCCAGGAACAUCCUGCUGGAGAGCAAAGAACAGGUCAAGAUCAGUGAUUUUGGUUUAUCUCGAGCGACCGGUGAGAACAACGACUAUUACCGAGCGACAACAGGGGGUAGAUGGCCUGUCAAAUGGUAUGCACCAGAGUCCAUCUACUUUGGCACGUUCUCCCAUGCCUCGGAUGUGUGGAGUUACGGAGUCACGCUGUGGGAGAUGUACACCUUCGGGGACCAGCCGUACGGGGACAUGAUGGGCGCCGAGGUGAUUCAGAUGAUUGAGAAGGGUGGCCGCUUGCCCCAGCCUGAAGACUGCUCCCGCAAGGUCUACGACAUCAUGCACCAGUGCUGGUCCUACAACGCCAAGGACCGGCCCACCUUCAUGGAGCUCAACCAAACUUUCAGCGAGGACCCGGACUACCGGGAGUUCUACCACGCUGGUCUGAAGCAGGCGCCCAGUCGAAAGAGAUAAAAAGAGACGAGCUGUCACGAAAUACAGGGGGAUUGUGAAGGGAUCCAGGGGGUAGGUGUUAUAGGUGUGGUAGUAAUGAAGAGGGGUGAUGACCCUUCGGUGCGGGGUAUGUGGACUUGUGGAGGGUCGGAAAAAGGACUUUUUUCAAACCAUCUCUUUCCUGCUGCAAAAUUUUCCGGCUCUCUUUGUCAACAUGACGUCAUGAUCACUGUUUUCAUAUUUGGUUAAAGCUUCGUUUCACUUUCAUUGACAUUAUGGAAUUUGCAGGCCGAGGCGUUACAGCUGUUUUCUAUAUCAACUUGUAACAGGAUUUACCCCAAGCUGGGGUCGAUAGUUGAUAUUGCAUUGCUCCUCACCUGGCUUGUUUUUUAAAUAGCCAUACUUUUGGUGGUUUUUCAGCUGGUCGUUAAAUGUGUCACUUUUGCCUGGUGUAAGGUAAAGGCGUGUUCACACGGUAAGCCUUUCUAUGCUUGUGAAAGACACUAACUCGUAGAAACUUUUCUGAAAAUACUGGAUUUUAUUUCGGAGAUUUUCAAUCAGCUUAGACGAGUUCAAAAAGUUUUAUGGGUUCAACAUUGGCCUUGCUGGAUCGAUGCCAAGUUUUGCAAUAAAUGGUUAAUUGAUAUUAAAAUCAGCAAAUUCAUAUUCGAUCAACCCAAAUUAUCAUCAAAUUAUUUUGGAAUGAAAGAAGGCUUAUUGCAUGUACUUGUUCAUAGGACCAAUCAUUGAGAAACAUUUUUACUGGAAGGCAAUUCCUGAAACUAUUAGCUUUAUAGUUUAUUAACAAGCGCUGUAAAAAUAAUAUAGUAUAAAGUAUUGAAUAUCAGUAGAACUUGUAUUUAACAUAUAUUGCUUGCCAUUACCUCUAGAAGUGCUACUGUCUGUAAAUUUAACUCGAAUAGCAGAUAUUUUUGAUAACCACUGAGAGCAUCUCAAAUACAUGUAAUCUUAUAAGCUACAAGGAACUUUCGAUCACAUGCAGCACAGUCUGGUCACAUGACCCCUACCAUGUUUAACCACAAACAGAAACCUUGCAUGAAAAACUGUGUUCUAUUAACUUGAUUUCCUCGCAUUGUUUCUGAUUACUGAGUUUCCAAGCGAUUUUAAAACAAACGAGAAUAUUCCACUAAGAAAUUGUUCUUGUCUUAAGACAAUCUUAUAGCAAAAGAAUGUUUUUGCUGGGCUUUGCAGCUCUUGUAAAUUUUGUUUUUAAGAAAACUAGGCCAUUUUUUCUGUUUUCAUGUAGCUACUUACGAGCAAACUUACUUAAGCAUAAAUAUUUUUGCAUGCGCCGCUGCUGAAACCCAAUCUUCCUACUCAGAUUUCUCCCAAAAGAAUGCCUACACAGAUUAUCCUUGAAUUCUUUUCAAUUUUCUAGGAAAAAAGUUCAAAUUGUCUGGAUUGUGACUUGAAAAAGUAGUAUUUGCACUUAACUCUACCCCCCCACAUUUUUAUUGGACUUUUUGUGGGAUGCUUUUUUCUUCCCGCACCAGACCUUGAGCAGUUUUCCAGUAACAUCUUGUGGUCAUUUGUUUUGUGAAAAUCAGAACAAGCGUGCCAUUCCCACGAAACGCUAGUUUUCUCCCAAGAUGGAUCAGCCUGAAAUGCGUACUUUCUCCAUUGACGUGCUCGCUGCACGUGGGCUGAUAUGCAUGGGGCCAUGAAUUUCAAACAACCGUAACUGUAAGAACCCUAUUUCAGAUUGAAAGGAACCUUCACUGAUGUACUCAAAAUGAGUAUUUUCACAUGCUUGCCGAGUUUCAAAAAGAUGAGGUGCAUUUCAGCUGAGUUAUUAGGGUCUGAAAAAGGCCGUCUCUUUUAGGGUUAAUCGGAUAGACGACCAGUCUAUUCUGGGGAUUGUUUCUUUUCUCAUAAACAUCAGUUGCAUUUUCAAAUAGAUACUUAAAAAGUGUACCCAUACCAAAGUCCUCUCUCACCGGAGUUACUUGUAAUUGGUUGAACUCUGCGUACAUUAUUUUUUACCUUGAGAGUUUGGUUUAUAUCUUUCGUCUCAAGUUGGUGGAAACAGCCUUGUAGUUUGGGUGUUGUAAUUGAAGGAUGAGUGAAAACAAAAUUGUCUCAUCUUGGGAAUGGUCAAAUGUUCCAAGAUCCUAUUUUGAUUUAAUUGUAUUGUUUUAGGUUAAACAUUUUUUCCACUGUGUAUUGUGUUGGUAUUGCACUUUAUAUUGCAAUAAGAUUUACACUUAGUUGUUUUCUUUUAUGAUAUAUAUUUUGGUUAAUUUUUUCAUUACCAUUUGGACUGUGUAAUUAAAGUUUAAAGUGUUAACCUUGCUAUUUUUUUUUUUUUUUUUUUUGGUGAAAAAGUUUGUUUCAUAUGCUGUUCUUGUUCAUGCUCAGGUUUUCGUUUUUUUUUUUUCAAUCUAGUAUAGUUUUGUGAUCUUCAGGGGGUAGGCGGGUGGGGACUUGUUAGAUGUUGGUGGAAACUUCCAGCUAAGUAGCUUGUGAAACUCCAGUUUGCGGAUUGCAGGUUAAACUGUAGGCUAUUUUGCGAGUUUAAUGUGAAAUCUUUGGCCGAUGAAAAUUCUUGUCGUUGGAUGCACGAGUCAACGUUGAUAGUCUUAUUUGGCCACAGAAAAUCCACAUUCAACUUACUUCAAAAGGGGCUCUUCAAAAUGUAAUUAUGUCCACGGUUGAAUUGCAAAUGCCACAGAAUAUCCAUAUGUGAUAAUGGACAAGGAAUGUGCCAUCGCGGAACGUCCUUAAUUUUGUAUAGGAAGUUCCUACAUUUUGCCAUGGAAAUUCCAUUGUGGUCGUGGAAGCAGAGCUUCCGUUUCGCUGUUUUCAGCAAUGUUUGCAGCCUGUCGUAAAACACAGACUUUUAAGAAUUUUUUACAGAGAUGUGCUGGAACACGAACCAUCGACUCCACAGUGAUCUGUGAGUUGUUUUAUAUACAAAGUGGUAGCUCUUGCUGGCAAGGGAAGGAAUCAUUUAAAUUGUAGUGCACUUUGACCUUUUUUUGCUUUUACAGAGAUGAGUCAUUCCAUAUGGUUGGGGCACAAUUUGUGACGGUGUCCUUUGUUACGUGGGUUCCGUAAAAAUGAACAGCUAUUUCCCCGCACGUGGUCUCCAAAUUCUACAUCUUGCAAGGCUGAAUACAGACGUGCGUGUUACAUUUGCAGAGUAAAUGACCUACUCUACAGGUCAUGACAGGUGGUAAAACUUACCCAUGUAACAAGGACACCAUCACAAAUUGUGCCCCAACCUCGUGGAAUGACCCAGACGCAAGUUCCUCUCUAUUUGAAGCAAAACUAAUAGCAUGUGUCGAUGGGCAAGACGGUCGCACAUUCAUGUGUGCUCAAACAAUAUCCGCACACCAAAUUUACAUUUUGUUUGUUGAAUUUGAAUCUUGGUGGUAACCAAGAACAAUUGUACCGUUCAGGUUACAUCACAGCAUAACAGGAAUCAGCUGACGCUAUGGCUUUCAACUCAAUUUCAGCAUUCGCUUGAGCAUUUUACAGAUGUAUUUUUUUUGUUGAUGUAAUAAAGAAUUAUAACCAAAAACUUA